GGAGGAGCCAUCACUCGAAGAUGCUCGCGACGUAUGUGAGCUAUUUCAGCGACCUGUUUCCUCUCGGUCAGGUUGAGCGUUUUACGUCGUCGUUUCAUACAGAUGUGAGGCGUUGUAGUUAAACCAGAAUGCUCCAACAAGAAAAUGUCUCCUGGAUGAGGAAAAGAGUGUGAGAGAUCYGAGCUACUCUUUGGAUGAGGGAGGGCAGGUGUUUCUAUGGGAUGCACAUGACUGCAUGCAGAACUGAAAGCCUGGCCUGAUGGAAAAGAGAGACAGAAAGCAAGGAUAUUUUGAGAGGCUGAAAAGGCACAAGCAGCUCAGGUCGAGCCAGUCAGAAAAAAGUCCAAAUGAGAGGAGUCCUGCCAUCAUCUCCUGUGACCCCGACCCCAACAAGAAGACUGACCUUCAGAGAGCAAAGCCACCUGGAGGUUCAGGUGAUGGCUGUAAAAGAAACAAGAUGGAGAAGAAGAAGCCACCAGGCACAGUGGAGUUCAUUGUGGGACCAGAUGAUUCCCUUAACAGCAUUGCACUUAAAUUCAACAUCACCCCAAACAAGCUGGUCCAGCUGAACAAGCUCUUCUCUCGCAGCGUCUACCCUGGUCAGAAGCUGUUUGUCCCUGAUGUGAGCCAAUCAGAAACUGACCUCAAGUCUCCUACUUCCUCUGAACCCUCGUUCACUAAUGGCAUUUCUGAGAAAAAUGAUUGCACACAAAGCUGCCGGUCAGCAAAGUCCAUCCGCCGGGUGCUCUCCCCAAACUCGGAGGACGAGAGCCCAGCUACGGUUAAAUUCAUUAAGAUGAGCUGCAAAUACUUCACUGAUGGCAUGGGAGUGGUUGGAGGCGUGUUAAUCGUGACGCCCAACAACAUCAUGUUCGACCCCCACAAGUCGGACCCCCUGGUCAUUGAGAACGGUUGUGAAGAGUACGGUCUCAUCUGCCCCAUGGAGGAGCUGGUCUCCGUGGCGCUGUACGACGACGUGUCGCGUAUGAAACUCAAAGACGCUCUGCCAUCAGACCUACCCCAGGAUCUGUGUCCUGUCUACAGGCCUGGAGACUGGGAGCAGCUGCCUUCAGAGCGAGAACUGAACCCCUUCAGUCGGUAUGAAGCACUAGUACCAAAACGACCRAUAGUUUUGGACGACAUUGAAUCAACCCUCUCUGAAACACUGAGUACAGAGGGUGAGCAGACCGAGAAGUCUCCUUCAGAUGAAGGAUUUACCGAACUGGAGCCUACCGUCAACGAGAGCACCGAGGAGGCAGAGAUGUCCUCCACAUCACUCAGCACUAUCAGCAGGGACCAAAAUGACCUUGUAGCUGCGAGCUGCCCAAGCCAGGAAAAAGACAAUUCAGUGCUCAGUCUGCUUAAAAGGAGGCUGGAUGACGAAGAGGAUGAAGGUGUUGCUCGGAACAGCUCUAUCGAGGAUGGAGACUUGACACAAUCCUCCGUAGAGACUGAAAUACAGGCUGACGUGCACGUUAAACCUGCAAGCCAGCAAACAUGUGAAACCAAAGAUGAAAGAGCAGAGGAGCUGCUAAACGCUGCAGAUGAUAAAAUAAUCAGGAAGCUGAGUCUUCAGGAGAAGUCUGACAUCUGUGGGAUACCUGUUCUGGAGAGGCAAAGUCCAGACAGAUCAGCAGAGGGGGACGAGGAGAGACUGAGGAAAAACUACGAGUCAGAGAUGAAGUCUUGGCUGCUGAAGAGGAUGCAGAUCCCAAUAGAAGACAUGCUUUUGUCGUCAGAGGAGAAGAGUAAAAACCCUCCCAUGUUCCUCUGCUUCAAAGUCGGAAAGCCGAUGAGGAAGUCGUUUGCCGUUGGCAUGACAUCCAGUCCCGCACGCUCCUUCGGGAGUCCAGAAACCCAGUCGGAGUAUUGGUUUGCUGUGCCACUAGAAAGGGUGCACGAUCUGUAUUCCUUUUUCGUUCAGUGGUCUCCGGAUGUUUACGGGAAGGAAGCUUGUGAGCAGGGUUUCGUCGUGGUGGAGAAAGAUGACCUGGACAUGAUCGAUAAUUUCUUCGCCGACCCCACCUCGUGCAGCUGGGAGAUCAUCACCAUUGACGAGGCUAAACGCCGGCAGAGUUUUGGCAGCUGUGACAGAGACCCAGCUGUGGAUGCGCUGCCUUUGCUCGUUGAUAGCAGUGAUCUCCUACAAGACACGCACAUCGAGAAGCUUGUCUGUCGCCUUCCAGCCCGUGUGCAGGGAUAUCCAUGGAGACUGGCCUACAGCACUGAGAAACACGGUACCAGUCUGAAGACUUUGUACAGGAACCUAGCAGACGUKGACAGUCCUGUGCUGCUCAUCAUCAAAGACAUGGAUGACCAGAUAUUUGGAGCAUUUUCAACGCAUCCCUUCAGAGUCAGCGAACACUUCUAUGGCACUGGAGAGAGUUUCCUCUACAGCUUCUGCCCUGAAAUAAAGGUGUACCGCUGGACGGGAGAAAAUUCAUACUUUGUGAAAGGCAAUACAGAUUCUCUGCAGAUGGGAGGAGGAGGAGGUCACCUGGGCCUUUGGCUGGACGCCGAGCUGUACCGAGGCACCACCACCAAAUGCUCCACCUUCAACAACCAGCCUCUCUCCUCGCAGCAGGACUUCAGCAUCCGCAGCCUGGAGGUGUGGACCUUCGAGUAGCCUCGUCCCCUAAACCCCCGGGUGUUUCGUCGUUCGUCACGUGGAGGCGAACGUGUAGCCGCCCACAAAGGACACUGUGAGACGGAGGCAGGCGUCGAAGCUGCAUCAGUAUUCUUCAGGUCUGCUGAGAGCUUUAACCGUGUCCAUCACAUCUCAUCGGCUGCUUUCGAACACAGACUUCGGCUCCAGCUUCCUCACUACAAAGGCGAGACGACGGACGGCUGAUAUGUGUCAAACAUCUGAUGUUACUGUUUACCUUAUUCCAGAAAGAGAAGUUUUGUUGUGUUAAAGAAUAGGAAAUGCUGUAAGUUUUUCUUUUUGCAGAAGUAAUGCUAUUGUUCUAGUUUGUAUGUUUGACAGCCAACAUAGUUAUGUACUGAAUAAAUUUGGAACAGUAAUCUUUUUUUUAUGACCCAUUGAAGCAAAGUGAAUGAAUCCUCCAUUAUCAAAUCAACUCUCAAACCUGUUUACGCUGGAAGUAAUCGCCUCCCCUAAUAUCCUACUUUCUCAUUUUUUAUUUUAUUUUAUUUUUUACUUAUAGAAAAGUCACAUUCUGUUCCUGAACUGUUUUCAUUCACUGAUCAAACCCAAAUCGGCUGCUAGAACCUGACAAAAAAAAUGUUUGCAAUUACCAAAUAUUUUCUUUUGCUGAAUUUAGUUUUAAGAAUAUUUUUGCAUUGUUUUUAUAAGAACAAUUUGGUUAUUUUUUUACUUUUAAGUAGUUGCUUUAAUACUUCACCAACUACAUCCUGACACCUACCAUUAAUAGUACUUUUCUCACCUUGAAUACAUAUUUUUAAACUUGUUUAGUUUUUUUGUUUGUUUUUGUUUUUGUUUUUUUGUUGUUGAGCCAUUAGAUGUUUAACAUGUGGCCUCUUUGCACUACAAGAUGCAGCCAGUGCUGCGGUGUUAGCCCUUUGUAUGAAAUGAUUACUUCAAUUUGAAACUGUUGCUGAAUGUUAAUGAACCAUAAAGCCACGGAGAAGCUGCCUGUCCAAUCACAGUUCGGGCCUUGCUUUAUUCAAAGUAAGGAUAGAGAAGGGAUUCCUCAUGUUUGCACUCUAAUAUACCACUAACUAAGCAUUCAAAUCUACUAACAGAAAUGAAACGUUUUUCUGUGAUACAGGCUUGUAGUGCAUGAACAUCCAGUAUGGCGUUUGUCUGACACCACUACCUGCCAAGCUACUCACUAAGGCCAGUAAUCGCUUCUUCUGAAAAAUGAGCAUUUUUGUUUUAAGGUGUUCAGUGUUGUAACUGUGAAUGCUCUCCAUGUAGUAGUCCUUGUAAAUCCAAAACUGCUUUGUUUGGUGAUGUCACCCUGAAUCUAUUUAUUGUGUUGUUAUGGCAGCCCCAUAUAAACAUAAAUAAAUGUUGAAUAUAUGCAUA